AAAGGGGUGCUUUUUAUCAUGCUAUAAUUGUUCUUUGUGUGUUACAGUCACCAAAACAUCUGGAAUAGGCAUGUAUUUGGGGCGAUAUCGCUGGCUGUGCCUUGAGCUUAAGUGACCCUUAAGCUAAAAGAAUACUUUUAGCACUGAGAUAAAGUUACUCUGAUAGAAAAGGCAUAAUGGUACUCAGUACUCUUAAUGAUUUCUUACUCAAACAGUUUGAGGAAAAAAGACGGUAUUGUAACUAAUUGUUAGUACUGUUACCAGCUCUGUGGCAACUAUCAUAAAGUAGGAUCCCAACAUGGUAGGUGCUGCUCAGAAAUGCCAGACACUGCUAUACUUCAAGAAUACUUCAGACCAUGACAAGUGAGAGCCAGUGGGCUGUGAUAUAGAAACUUUCAUGUGGAUAGCAGUUGAUGAUCAAAACUACCUCUACUGUAGAUGUUGAAAACUUAUCAAUGGCUCAACUUCAGAAAUUACUGGCCGGGGAAACUAGCAAAUAUACCCAAGUGACAUUCCUAUGGAGGUGGCAGCAGAGGGGCAUUCUGACAAAAUGGAAUUUGACAUGGAAGUGCUUUUGAACCUUGUUUGAGUCCCUCCGUGCAGAAGAAGUUGCAUCCAUUGACAUUCGUCAACAUGUUGAAUGUUGAUGGAGAUCAAACAGUGGAAAUGAGCGCAGUGAGGUGGUAGGUGAUUCGUUUCAGCAGUGGCAACACCAAUGUGAAAGACAAGCAAUGUUCCAGAUGUCCAUGCACAGCUGUCACACCACGGAAAGAAGAACAUCCUGAACAGUUCAUCUGUGCAAACUGAAUGGAGCAGACUGAGAUCCCAUAACCGGUAGAUUUAAAACUGGAAGAAAAAAAAAAAUCAUAAAGGGGAUUACCAAAUUGUAAAGACGUACUCUGCAGAAGUGGACACUGAUUCUGACACUGAUAUAAAGUACUGUGAUGAAAUAGCAAGCUCAGAAGGCCAGUGAAACUACAAACUCGCAGCAUUUCAAAGCAUCUGGUAAGAUCUCACAGAAUGUCUUGACAGUCAAAAAGAAAAAAAGAAGUGAGGUGAGUCCAUGCUCAUUUUGUACUUCACUGGGUUUCUCAGAAGAGCUGAUGGCGAUAGUGAUGGAUGAAUAAGGUGAGCUGUUACCUACUUGGUGGUUUAGAUGUCUUGUUUUCCUGGACUAGAUCCAAUUUCAUAUCCUUAUAGAUACAUAUAAGAUAUUGUCUUCUGCUUGUCUUCUUCUAGUUUGCGGUUGGCUAAAUUUGAUAAAAAGGUUUUGGGUUUUUUUUUUUUUUUUUUGCUUUUGCUUUUUUCCCGCUAUGUUCUCAGCUAAAUAUGUCAGAAUUGUGCAAGUUUUAGCAUUCUUUGAAAAGUAUCCCUCUGUCAGGUAGUCUUAUAUUGCAUAUCUAGAAAUGGAUGCAUCUAGAAUCUUCAAGUGAAUCCUCAAAGUCUGUGUUGAUACACUUUUUUGAUUUCAUUUCCAUGUGGUUUUGAAUGUUUCAAAAAAUCAAGGUAAAACAGAAAAAAAUUAACUAAGACUUGCUUAGGGAAAAAAAAUGUAAAGUUCUGUUCAAAUUAAUGGCAAGGUUCUAUGUUCAUUUUUAUGCUUGUUCCAGCUCAAUCUUUAUGCCUGUUAUGCCACAGACGUGCUGUCUAGCAACGUAAGCUGUUCAUGUUUAAAAACAGAAUUCACCUUUAAAUGUGCUUUGACUAAAAAAGUGCCUGGUGAGGUCAUUCGCAGAGCAAGAGUUAAUGCAUCAUACAAACAGCUAAAUAAAGGUUACAAUCUGAGUGGAAUUAUUCGGAGCUCAGGCAGAAAUCUGGCAUUUGCAGUCUGUCACUGGCUUUAAGAAGUCUGGCUCGCUCGGUGUCACUGCCGCCCAGACACAUCCUGCUGGCUGCAUGGCAGUGAGGGAGGGGACAGCAGCGUUGGACGUCUUCCUGCAAAAACAGCACAAACAGGAGCAGAGGGUGAACGGUACACGGAAGUGUCAUGUGUGAAGAAUGUGCGGAAUGAGGGGAUGGCUGAAGGACUGACGUCUGGAGAGUGUAUGGUCCCUGGUACACCUGGGAUGCAGAGCCGAGUAAAGUGCUAUGAAGAGCUGUGUGCCUCUUGGGAUCUGCCAGCUAAGUAUUGUAAUUACUGGGCCCUGUCUGCUUUCCAAAUUCAUCUGAUGUGAAGCUGCUGGGAGCUGGAAUUCCUGGUGAAAUUCAUGCCUUGGUAAAGCUGCCAAUAUGCGGGACACCACCCUUUGAGUACUGCACUUGUUAGACUCACCGCUGCUUCGCAGAGCCUGUCUGUCACUCAGCACUUGUUCUGCUAAGGGACUCCUUUUUUUCAUUACAACUCCUAUUGCCCGUGGGGAGAGCUGGAGCAACAUAUAUUUAGAGUCUGGAAUGCACAGUACUCAGAGCAAAUUCAGCCACAUAGGCUAUCCUAGCCCCAUUUUUUAUUUUUCCCCUUUCUGUGAUUGGAAUCUGGCCAGAAAGACAUCCCAAAGAUGGGAACUUUGGGUCCUUGUCACCUGCUGAGGCUAUGUGCACAGAGGAAGGGGCUAAUUGGUGCCCAGAGUGCUGGUAGUUUCUGAGCUAAGGUCAUUAUCCCCUGCAGCACCAGUCAGAGAACUGCCAUCUCAUUCCAUUCAAGUUCCCAAACAGCCACUGCCCAGAGAUGGCUUGGAAUCCUUCUGUGCUUCACUGAAACUUUUUACUCUGUGAAUGCUGCGUUUAAUCCCAGUCCGCAGCACCAAGCAUUUCCCAUAUAAUCUCCCAGAACAGCUGUGCUGUGAUUGCAUUGUGGAUUAUAAAAUGACCAUUUUCUACAAACCAGCUGCUGGAUGGAGGGAUAGCGUUUAAUAAUCAUGGGGAGGGAGUGGGCAAGGGAAGAGAGGAGGAGACGAAGGAGAAAGGAGGAUUGAAGCAGUUUGGUUUCUUGGGAAAUUUAGAGACAAGUAAAACCGAAGGCAAAUUGUGAGUUCUAUUUCUGUAUUACUCCUCCAAAUUAACAGGACUUCAAGACUUGCUAGUAAGGUAAAUUGAAAUUUCUUUCCUUUGGGGGGUUAUCUAGGUACUGUGGUCAGCUGCUGUCAGUGUACGGCUUUUAUGGAGGGAAACAUUUCUGAAAAUGUUCUCAUGAAGAUGUUGUUCAGAUUUGCUUCUUAUCCCCUACAGUCUUGGCAUCACUGGUUGAGUUCCUGCUUAUGAAUCAUUUCAUUUCUCUUCUUUUUUUUUUUUUUUUUUUUUCCUUGUCACUGGUUCUGAAAUAAUAUGGCCUUUGACCAGCUGUAACAAAUCAACUGGAGAGAGUAUUUCUCCUACUACUGAGGAUUUAAAUUAGAAAAAAAAAAUGUUAGGUGUUUUUUUUGUUUGUUUGUUGUUUUGGUUUGUUUUUGGUUUUUUUUUUGGUCAACAUUGUGAGUGGAAAAAUUAUUUUCAAUAAAAGUGUGAGCAAACUGAAACCUGGUGAAGGAAAGUAUAACCAAGAAUGAGUGAACAACCGACAAACCACUCUGAAGGUUGGUGGUAUCCAAUAUGCUUCCAGAUCAUCAAUAUGCCUCCAGAUCAGUGAACUCUUUAGUUACCAUGCCACUAAGAUAGAGAUAAAUGGUAUCUCUGGGGUGCAGCAUCUCAUUUGCUGAAAUAAGUGCUCUGAAGGAAGCAAAAGAUGCCAGAACAUAAGGCAGUACAGGAAUUUCUAAUGAACUGAGUAUUUUUUUGCCUUUGAUGAAGAUGUUCUGGAUCAGGCGCUGUUUUCUAAGUGAUGAGAUGCUAAUCAAAUCUUGCCUUCCAAGCAGUGUUUCAGCAGCAUCUCUGUUAGCCGCAUUUCUGAGCUUGCUGGUUAGCAGAAAAAAGUGCUUCUAACUAACUGCAUUGCUUUCAUCUGUAUUCCUGUAAGUCUGUCACAAACAACUUGAUUGUUUAUUUCUAUAUUUUCAUAGUAUUGUCCACAGUAUGCUGGGCCUUUCACACACCUUCAGCGUUGGGUGAGUCAACAGAAGUUGUGUGAAGAGGCCAGCAGCAGGCAGUGUCUGUACAAACUGAAUCUAUUCGUGGUCAAAUAUAUUUUGAGAGUCAUAAAUAGGAAAGGGUGGGAGUAUCUGGAUAAAGUUGUGCCAAACAUAGGGUGUGCCAUGUGGGAAGAGGCAUGCGUUGAUUACAUGAAAGUUGAUAUGUGGGUAGAUGACAUCUAAUCAAUCUGUGGAGUGAUAAGAUGGGUACUCAGAAGUCAGUGCACGGUUUUGAAGGAACCUCAAAAUCUUAAGCUUCUCUCUGAGAGAGAAAGACCACAGGACCCUGGUACACAAACUGCUUUCAGAAUUACUUACUGCGAUGAGCUAAAACUGGGAAUAAUGUUUGUGACACCAUUUAUUCUUAAAACAAAAAAACCCACCCUUUUGGCACUUUGUAUGAGAGCACAGACACUGUUAUCCAACCAUUCUACCAAAUUUAUGAUGUGCAGAGCAGUGCUUGCUCAAGUGGGAAUUACUGCUCUGAGUUUGAACUCAAACUGCUGGGUGUGGGUAGCUGGGUGUCCUCCUGGGGCAGGCCACUGUUUUGAGUGUGAUCUGAGAACAUUUCCCUGUCUUUCCCCUCUCUGAAAUCAGUAUCCUAUCUGCUUCUCUAGGUAAAGGAAUUAACGGUGCUUGAAGAAGCGUUUUGGGGUACGUGACAGAAAGAAUUCUCGUUUAGCUGAACAAAGUAUUCGUCAUGUUUGAGUAGUUUGAUGUAGCGGCAUUUGGGGGAAGUUGGUUAACAGCUCUUAUCUACUGUCUUUGAGAUGGAAAUAACAAUCACUUCUCUCAUUUUCUGCAUACGCACACACAUACCAGUGCAUUCAGUCUCAGUAGUUCUGCAGGGUCACCGUCUCUUCCCCAGUACACACCUCAGCAUAUUUUGAAAUGGUUGAAACUGAGCUAUCUCUCCACUGCUCUGGCUUUUAGGAGAAGGGUCCUUCUUUGCUGGAAUGUUGUGAGGAGCACAGACUGCUUCUCCUAUGCAUAUCCCUUCCCCAUGUGUUUCCCCUGGAAAAGCUAGGGUUUGUGACAUUAGAUGGCUGGUCUGACAGUCCCUGUUUCUGUGUUGUAGAUGGAGCUGCUGAAGAUGUUGCCGUGGCGCCGUGCUUUCCUGGCAGUUAUCCUGAACCUGCUGGCACUCAGCCUUUCCACCACUGCCUUGCUCAGCAGCUACUGGUGCACCGGGACCCAGAAAGUGCCCAAGCCUUUGUGUGGGAAGAGCAAAGACUCCAAGUGCAUCGGUGUCCCCAUGACGCCUGAUGCAGCUGCUAGCAAUGCUUCAGCUCAGGAGGAGGUCCAUUACAGCUGGGAGACCGGGGAUGACCGCUUUUCCUUCAGAUACUUCCACACAGGGAUGUGGCUUUCCUGUGAAGAGAGCAUGGAAGGGCCAGAGGAGAAAUGCCGUAGCUUUAUUGAGCUUUCUCCACCAGCAGAGAGAGGAAUCCUGUGGCUGUCACUGGGGUCAGAGAUGCUGUACAUCAGCCUCUUGCUCAUCAGCUUCAUCCUCCUGAUGGUGGAAAUGCUGCACACUGGCAAUCCUGUCUGCGGACUGAAGCUCAAUGCCUUUGCUGCUGUCUCCUCAGUGCUGUCAGGUCUCCUUGGGAUGGUGGCGCACAUGAUGUACAGCCAAGUCUUCCAAGCCACAGUUAAUCUGGGACCAGAGGACUGGAGGCCGCACACAUGGGACUACGGCUGGGCUUUCUACAUGGCCUGGACCUCCUUCACCUGUUGCAUGGCUUCUGCUGUCACCACUCUCAACACCUACACCAAGACAGUGCUGGAGUUCAAGCGCAACCACAUCAAGGGCUAUGAUAUGAGCUUCAAGGAUCAGCCUCAGCACCACCAGUACUUCAUACAGCAGCAAAUAAGCAGCUACUAUGAGUCUCGAGACAAGCCUCUCCAUUCAGUGUCCGAGGGAGUUGAUUUCUACACUGAGCUGCAGAAGAAAGUGCUGCAGCGGGAACCAGAGCUGGACCUGGAUGAGGUCUUGGGACAGACAAUUGGAGAAGAUCAGUGUUAGAGAUGAAUGCACAGGAGCUGAACAGUGGGGUUUGGGAUGCAAAAAGCUCUGAACCAAACAUUAACACUACUGUUAGCAA